UGUUCAAAUCAGGUCAUCUCCUCGGCGGCGCGCGGUCGGUCAUGGAGGGACAAAACAGUGUUGUGAAUACCCCAGCACACAGGCCUGUUACAAGAAGAAGCAAGAGUUACGGGCGAAGCUGUGUGGAGCCUCCGUCCCUUUUCUGGCAGACCCCGGGCCACUUAACCACCCUCGGCCACAGGAUUCCAACCAGCAGAAGGGCUGCUAAGUCCCGUAAUAUUACUACUAAGGUUGACCCAGAGCAAGUAGCUCUUUUGAUCAAAAAUGAAUGGAAGCUGUCCUAUGUCACCCCUCUGUACCGAUUUCGACACACGCAGCUGAAACUGUACUCCAAGCACCUUGCUGCUUUCAUCAUAGCAGAGAAACAGCAGGGUGUUGCAGUUGAAGUUGGACUAGAGGCUGGUUUUAAGGUCACGUUCUCCGCUGUUCUUGGAAUGGCUGAGACAGAGGAGGAUGCUGAAACUGUUUUCAUGCAUAUACAUUCUAAGCCUUUAUUUGCAGCGGAUACUCCAAAGGCAGUGUGGCGUGGUUGGCUGACAUGUGUUAACGGUGAUCCAGAGUACCUGAGGUCGCUGCCACCUGACUUUGUUAGCUUGCCCUUGUUUUGCAGCAGUGGGCCGGAAUACCUUACAACUCUUGUCAAGUCCUGGUUCGAGAGGACGUUCGACUGUAAUUUUGGCUCACUGUGUCUAAAUUCCACCACACUAAAUUGGCUUGCUGCUUUGUGGACUGGCUGCCAUCCCAGCAGUAAUAUCAGAUACUUAAAGUUGGCCUGGAACAUGCCCUCUCAGCCACCUUUGGACAUUGCAUACACAGUCAACCCGCAGGACGCCUGGGAACUAUGGAAUAGCAUUCAUACAGAGGACAGCGCAGAUGACCAAAUCAAUAUUGAGGAGGUCCAGCGUUUUAUGAAUGGGCUGGAGAUUCACUUCUUCAGACAUUUUAAAAUCUACCUUUCUGCCGGGACUCUCACAAAGGUCUCUACUGCCCUUGGUUCAGCACAUCAUGAUGGGAAAAUAAAGAUUGGCAGCAGUGACUACAUCACCACCUUACUGACCCUGCUAACGGAAUGUGCCCUCAUGAAAACACCUGUUUGAGUUGUUUUAUUUUGUUCUAUAUCUGUGAAU